GGAUCCCUCCGCCCGUGCUGGCUGUGCUGAGGCCGAGGGAGUCGCCAUUUUGGAUGCUCAGUGGCCCGUCUGAAGUCGCUUUUCCCGUUUUUACGUCUGGAUUCAGCUAGGAGGAACAGCACAGCAUGCUGGGCUCUGGAUUUAAAGCUGAGCGUUUACGAGUCAAUCUGAGAUUAGUCAUAAAUCGUCUUAAACUAUUGGAGAAGAAAAAAACGGAACUGGCUCAGAAAGCAAGGAAGGAGAUUGCUGAUUACCUGGCUGCUGGGAAGGACGAGCGAGCUCGGAUCCGCGUGGAGCACAUUAUCCGGGAGGACUACCUGGUGGAGGCCAUGGAGAUCCUAGAGCUGUACUGUGACCUGCUGCUGGCCCGGUUUGGCCUCAUCCAGUCCAUGAAGGAGCUAGAUCCUGGUCUAUAUGAAUCUGUGUCUACACUGAUCUGGGCUGCUCCUCGGCUUCAGUCCGAAGUGGCUGAGUUGAAAAUAGUUGCUGAUCAGCUCUGUGCCAAGUAUAGCAAAGAAUAUGGCAAGCUAUGUAGGACCAACCAGAUCGGAACUGUGAAUGACAGGCUAAUGCACAAACUGAGUGUGGAAGCCCCUCCCAAAAUCCUGGUGGAGAGAUACCUGAUUGAAAUUGCCAAGAAUUACAAUGUGCCCUAUGAACCUGACUCAGUGGUCAUGGCAGAAGCUCCUCCUGGGGUAGAGACAGAUCUUAUUGAUGUUGGAUUCACAGAUGAUGUGAAGAAAGGUGGCCCUGGAAGAGGAGGGGGUGGGUUUACGGCACCUGUUGGUGGACCUGAUGGAACAGUGCCAAUGCCCAUGCCCAUGCCCAUGCCAUCUCCAAAUACUCCUUUCUCAUAUCCGCUGCCAAAGGGACCAUCGGAUUUCGGUGGACUGCCAAUGGGGACUUACCAGGCUUUUCCCAACAUCCAUCCACCUCAAAUACCUGCAACUCCCCCAUCAUAUGAAUCUGUUGAUGACAUUAAUGCUGAUAAAAAUGUCUCUUCUGCACAGAUUGUUGGUCCUGGAGCUAAGCCAGAAGCCUCUGCAAAGCCUCCUUCCAGACCUGUUGAUAACUUUGUACUGCCGGAAUUACCAUCGGUGCCAGACACGCUCCCCACUGCAUCUGCUGGAGCCAGCACGUCAGCAUCUGAAGACAUAGACUUUGACGAUCUUUCCCGCAGAUUUGAGGAGUUGAAGAAGAAAACAUAGGCGUUUUAACCAGGUACUUGCCAUGUUCCAGGAGUUGAGACUGAGCAGUUUUUCCUUGCAACAAAGAAUCUCCAUGAAAUUCCAUUUCAUCUAUUAACAUUGAAUACAACCUUCCUCAAGGCUCUCUUCCACAUUCUGUGGUUUCCCAGUUCUCUGUGAUAUUAAGAGACCAACACCUGGAGACUCUUAAGGCCAGAGCAUCUGACUCCUGGCAGCUGUGCUUGUGUCCUCUCGGAGGGAUCCCAGGUUCUCUUCUGGACAGGUGCUCCCCAGGAGAGUGACAAGUUGAAGCAUUGUGGGAGAGCUGGCUGGACAGUGGAGAAGGGCACCUCAAUAAAGUGUUUCAGCCUUGUGUGGAGGUUGCAGACCUGCAAACACAUUUCCUGGCCCAGGGAUAUUGUGAGAAUCAAGGUCAUAAGGCAUUUUCUCACUGGUAUGAGUAGGAGAAAGUAAAUGGUUCCUGGAAGCAGAGUCUUCCUGUUGGCGUAUACACUACUCCUCCUUCAGGGCACUGUUCCACCUGGAUCCAGUUGCAGAAUUUAUUUGGAAAAAAAGUUAAAUGCUCCUCUUAGCUGGAUUCUCAGGGAGCCCUCUGUGGCCUUUUGCUUUAUUUUGAGUGCCACGUUUCCUUUUCUGCAGAGGGCAGUACUGUAUUAACUUGCUUUCCCCCAGCAUGUUACUUGCAGAGGGAAGAGCAGGUCCCAUAUUGGGCAGAAGCCACCGUUCAAGCAUAGGGUAGGCUUCCAGCUGCCUUAAUAGAAGUACUCGAGUCUCUUGGGUAGUGAGCUGGAAAGCCUACAGAAGAGGGAUAUGCGUUUUCAUUUGAAAACUUUAAAAAACACAAUUGACGUCAAAAUUUUGAGUACCCACGUGGCUGUAGUUCACUGCUUUCCCUGGGUGGACGAGGCUCUUAAAGCUCUAACUUAUGUGCUCCCUUCCCCCCUAGCUGAGGCCAUCCUCCCCCAGAGCUGGCUUUACUUUUGUUGUGUCUGUACAUACCUGUUUGAAGCAACCUUUCUUUAAUGAUUGAUUUGUGUCUCAUAGCUCAGUAGCUGAUAAUAAAGUUAAAGAUCCUG